UAUAAUGGCUUAUUCAAGCUAGUCUACGAUCUGUUCAUAAGUACCUUUAUUGUAAAUCUAAUAAGAUUCACUAUUUAGUUCAUCAACUAAUCGGAUUUUUAUUAAUUUUUUAUGUAUGAACCCUACACCCUAUUUUUUUAAAUCCAUACCAUAUUCAAUUUAAUAAAAAAAAUUAGAGCCCUUCUAGUGUGCUCUAUAGUACCCAUGCUAUAAAAAAAGGUUACCUGUUGAGGAGGUAAACCCACUAAAUGACUGGUCCCACAUCAUUAAUGGCAAUUUUUUAAAUAAUAAAUCAAUAUAUACAAAGGUAGGUACAAAUUACAGUUGUACCAUAUCGUAUAGGUACAAGUUUCGGUUGUACCAUUGAAGAAUUUGUUUCACAAAGUGUAGGUACAAUUAAUAAUUGUACAUAGUGUGUAGGUACAAUUUUGAGUUGUACCAUAGAGGGCUUCGUGAGAAAGUGUAGGUACAACGUAAAGUUGUACCAUAGGUAUAGGUACAAUUUUGAGUUGUACCAUAGAGAGGUUUGUGAGAAAGUGUAGGUACAAUAUAAAGUUGUACCAUGGUAUAGGUACAAGUUUGGUUGUACCCAUAGAAGGAUUUUGAGAAAGUGUAGGUACAACUUCAGGUUGUACUAUUAGUAUAGGUACAAGUUUGCGUUGUACAAUGGAAUGAUUUUUAGAAAGUGUAGGUACAACUUAAGGUUGUACCAUAAGUAUAGGUACAAUUUUCAGUUGUACCAUAGAGGGAUUUGUUAGAAAGUGUAGGUACAACUUAAAGUUGUACCAUAAGUAUAGGUACAAUUAUCAGUUGUACCAUAGAGGGAUUUGUUACAAAGUGUCAGUACAACUUAAAGUUGUACCAUAAAGUAUAGGUACUGUUUUGAAUUGUACCAUAGAGGGAUUUGUUAGAAAGUGUAGGUACAACUACUAGUUGUACCAUAUAGUAUUGGUACAAGUUUGAAUUGUACCACAGAGAGAUUUUUUGAAAGUGUAAGGUUGUAUCAUAACGUAUAGGUACAAGUUCUGUUUGUAAAACCAUGCCUAUUUAUCAUGGUAUUAUCACAUAAUAUGACUAAGCAUGGUAUUGUCAUGGUAUCGCAAAACCAAAAUCAAAAGCUAUCUUGCAAUGGAGCAUACCAACUUGGGCCAGGUCGUUUCUUUCUCCCUUGCCCUCACCAGCUUCUCUUGGUAACCCACAAAUGCACAGUCAGAUUGAUUCAAUCCUCCAUACAUGCAUGCAUCAUUCCCCUACAUUUAGUUUCUGAAUCAUUGGGUUUUGACUGUUUGCUUCACGGGUUGAUGAACCCAUCGCCCAGAGUUGCUUCAGCUACUUCGGUUUGGCCUUAGUUUACGACAACAUAUUCGUUCACAGAAGCCAUAAGCUACAGGUAAUCAACAAAUCAGUUCAUCUAAAAACAAACUCUGUUCUUUUCGUGACCUUAGCCCUCAAAUAUUUUCAGGUUGCUUGGUAUUGGUAUCUCCUUCAGGGAUUCAUCGAUGUGCAGGGAAAUUAUCUGGGUAAAGUGACUUCGAUAGCACACUUUUUUGCGUAAAUUUUCUUUCUUGACUGACUGUUACUCUGCCAUGGGUUGUACUCUGUUUUCUCAUAAAUGUCGGUUGUUCUCUGUUCUGGCCUUUCGGCGGGGCUGCUUGAUUUUCGCAGUGAACAAAGCGUACCAAUUCUCGUCGAUUACGAGUGUGACGUUGCUGGAUUGCUGGACCAUACUAUGGGUCAUCAUCCUGACGUGGCUGAUCCUGGGGACUCGCUAUUCCAUCCUCCAGCUUCUUGGUUCCGCCAUUUGUGUUCUUGGCCUUGCUCUGGUUCUCUUCUCCAACACUUGGGUGGGCGGUGGCGCAGGUGAUCCCCUACAACCGGUACAACCGGUUGUCCAUACAUAAAUAAAAUAAUUUAUUAAAAAUUUAAAUAAGAUCUAAUGGCUAAUAUAUUUUGAACAUGAUCUAAUGGUUGUAAAUGUUUUAUAGCACCAAUACUAUAAAGCACACUAAAAUGCCUCAAAAAAUUAUGGUUAUGAAUCAUCGAAUAUAUAGAUAAAAGUUUUACAAUGUUUUAAAAUAUUGCUGAUUUAGUCUUUUUCUUUCUUUUGUAUGUACAAAUUGAAGUCGUACAUUUAACAUUAUGAUACAACUACCCUUCUAGUUGUAUAAAUUGAAGUUAUACAUUUAUGAGUUGAACCAUAACAUAGAGGUUCAGAAACCCAGUCUGAUCGCUUAAAGUUAUAGUACAACUUCAAUUUGUACCUCAAAACAUCAGUACUUUACAGAAUAAUAGAAGUGAUCAUAUAUAUAUAUAGUAGGUAUAAAGUAUAAACUAAAAAAAUACAUUAUACACAAGACAGACACUAGGUUUGCGAACAUAUAUAUUAAAAAAGACAUUUGUGAAAGGGAUAAUAGGGGAAAUCCUUGCAUAUCGUGUCCAUUCUUCUGGGACACCAUAAGCAGAUACGAUCCAGCCAAGAGAAUCGUUUUCUUGCUUUUCCCUGAAGACCUGCAUUUGUAUCCAUAGAAUAAUAUUUUAUAAUAUGUGAACGAAAUGAAUCGAGACGCAACAUUAUCAUUGACCAAAAUCUGAUCAGGCGACAGUGGGUACCGUUUCUAGAAUAUGCAUUGAUUGAUUUCUUCUUUAAUUUCAGUUCUUAUUUCCUGCUUUUUUAUUCUAUUUCCCCUUUUCAACUGAGAGCCCAAAUCUAAGGUCUUUGAUCCCCUCAACCACCCUAGCCCUCUUCUGGACCAGCAUUUGCCGAACUUUUAGUCCCUGAAAAAGUCGCCUCUGUAAUCUUUCGGGACUAAUCACGUUUUUUGCCAUAUUGAAGUCUAUUUUACUUCUAUUUUUAAGUGGUUGAUUCACACCGAGAGUCGAGGAAAUCAUGGGUUAUUUUUCCCAACCAAUCAUGAUCAGAGAAGUUAUAUAAAAAAAAUAAUGCUCAUAAGUUGGGGAAAUUCACCUCUCCGUUUGGCCUACCAUCAAGAUUACCCCUUAUUUCCCAAAAUAGAGCUAGUGUUGAGGUUGACUGAUCGAAAUCAUUGCAUGCGUAGCUUGGGAAAUCGUCGUUCCGUAUUUUUCGAAGCUAGGGUUUCGUAGUAUUCGCUUUCCGUCGGAGCUUAUCUAUGCAUUUAUUUUUCAUUAAGUUUUAGUAACUUAUAUAUUAUUUAUUUAUUGCUAACUUUUGUACGAAAUAAUUGGAAUUUGUCUUACUAUCUUAUUACUAUUAUGAGAUUGUGGUGCCUGAGGGAACGAGUAUGAUGAACUUUAAUAGGCCAAAGGGAAAGGGGACAUCCCUGUCAAUAUACAUUAAUACAACGGUUCAAGGGAAAGAUACGUUAGGUGCAUGGUUCUCGAUAAAACACAAAUUUUAUAUUUUAAGUCAUGAAGGGAAGACAAACAUUAAGGACUUGAUUACAGACACAACACUUAGAAUUUCGAAGCAGUAGUGAUCCAAUGCAAGGAAAGUAAUGUUAGAAGCAAGGUUCUCGCUGGCUGCUGCAGGCCACGUACGUUAGUACCCCAUGGCUUCAAGAAAGCAGAUUGUGAUCUUGAGAUGAGCCUUACCAUUUAAGUGCUUUGAAAAACAUUAGCACACAAACUAGCUCUGAAAUUAGUGCCAAACAACAUAUAUAUAACAUUAAUGGUAAAUGCAGAUGGAUACAGCAGAUAAGUCCACGAACUUAGGAUUAAAGAUUCAAUCGCUUU